UAGAAACUUACAUGUAAAGAUUCUAGCAUCAAACCUCUGCACCUGUUUUUGGGAGAGACACAAGACAAGUGAAACUGGGAAACAACAGCCCGGGAGGGUCUUUGCAUAUUCUUCUAUUUGUCUCUGUCUGUUUAAAUCUCUCUCUCUCUCUCUCUCUCAGCCGUUGAUCUUGAAAACAAAGAAGAAGAAAGUAAAAAGGGAAGUUCUUUUUACUAGAACAGAGGCUUUUGUUAUCCAACUUGGACUUCCACCUCACUCUUUUUCCUCCCUCUCUUCAAGCCACGAAACCAGCUUUGGGAGAGCCUCUAAUCUCCAGAUUUGAGAUGGAUCUAUUCUCAAUCUUGUAAAUUGCAGAUUGAGAGCAUGCAAGCUCCCGCUCCCAACUGGCAUGGGGAAGAAAGCACUCCUGUUAAGCCUUCCAAGCCCACAUCUUCAAAUCAGGAAAUACCCACAACACCUUCGUAUCCUGAUUGGUCAAGUUCUAUGCAGGCUUAUUAUGGUGCCGGAGCUACCCCGCCUCCCUUUUAUGCCUCAACCGUAGCCUCACCGGCCUCUCAUCCCUAUCUAUGGGGAAGCCAGCAUCCUUUAAUCCCACCUUACGGAACUCCAGUUCCAUACCCAGCUUUAUAUCCUGCAGGAGGAGUGUAUGCUCAUCCGAACAUGGCCCCGACACCAAAUUCAGCCCAGGCAAAUAUAGAGAUGGAAGGAAAGGUCCCCAAUGGAAAGGACCGUGCUUCAGCUAAAAAAACCAAGGGAACUUCUGGAGGCAAAGCAGGGGAGAGCGGAAAGGCAGCUUCUGGUUCUGGAAAUGAUGGUGCCUCCCAAAGUGCUGAAAGUGGUAGUGAUGGCUCAUCUGAUGCCAGUGACGAGAAUACUAACCAGCAGGAAUAUGGUGCAAGCAAGAAGGGAAGCUUCAACCAGAUGCUUGCAGAUGCUAAUGCACAAAGUACCUCAGCUGGAGCAAAUAUCCAAGCUUCUGUGCCUGGGAAACCUGUGGUGUCUAUGCCUGCAACUAAUUUAAACAUUGGGAUGGACUUAUGGAAUGCAUCUUCUGCUGCUGGAGCUACAAAAAUGAGACCAAAUCCAUCUUGUGCCACAUCUGGAGUUGUUCCUGCUGGAUUGCCUGAACAAUGGAUUCAAGAUGAACGUGAAUUGAAAAGACAGAAGAGGAAACAAUCUAAUAGAGAGUCAGCCAGAAGGUCCAGAUUACGCAAACAGGCAGAGUGCGAGGAGCUACAAGCCAGGGUACAGAAUUUGAGCAGUGACAAUAGCAAUCUCAGAAAUGAAUUGCAGAGUCUCUCUGAAGAAUGCAAUAAGCUUAAAUCCGAAAAUGAUUCCAUUAAGGAGGAGUUGACUCGGUUGUAUGGACCAGAAGUUGUAGCUAAACUUGAACAGAGCAACCCUGCUUCGGUUCCAGAGUCUCAUGGUGGUGAGGGAGACAGUUGACAGUAAAGACUGAAUCCGGAACUGGAAGAAAAUUUUCGUGAAUUCCUCCCGUAUAUUAUGACUACCAUUAGUCGAGCAUAGAACAUUGGCUUUCCAUACUGAUCCAUACCUUUAACCCUAGUUUGUAAUAGCGAAAUUUAUUUACAAAAUUUUUAACUGGAGCUAGAAACCUUAAUGAAUCCAUGAGCAUUGUUGGAUUAUUAAGUUCAAUCAACUUCUCUGGUUAAAAAGGAA